AUGAUUCUCGCGCGCCUGUCGCGGAAGGAGAAUGCAGUGACCGCUCUGGUCUGCAAGCAUUGGCUGGAACACUCGCGCGACCACAUCUGGCGCUACGUUAAUAACCCGAAGGAACUGUUUCCCCUCCUUGUUCCAGUGAGAAAUAAUACAGAUGAGCUUGAACCGGACUUUGUGCGAAUACCUGAGCCAGAGGAUUGGCGGCGUUUUGAGCCCUUCGCGCGUAGGGUGCAGACCAUUGUAUUCGGAGUCAUACGCAGCAUGUCACCGUCCAUGGCGUCUACCCUGCUACGGUCUUGCUCUCGACCCAACCCCAUCUUCCCGAAUCUACGCCACCUGCUGUGGAGCGUGAACGCGCCGCCCACCUCGAACGACAGCGUGCAUGCUCUGUUCUUGCACCCAGGCGUCCGCCGUCUGACACUGUACAACAUCGACAAAAAUCGGAUCACCUUCGAACCUUACUCUUUACGCUCUCUAUUCUCCGAUAUCAUCAGCCUGGCUCCUCAUAUAUCCGAGCUCGACAUUCGACCUGCCUCCCCAACGCCAGAUGCGAUGACCAACCUCGCGGUUGAACUGGUCUCUCGACUUCCAACACUGACCAAACUCGCGAUAGACCCUGUGCUUCUAACAGCGUCUAUGAUACGCGCACUAUCCAAACACGAACAUCUUACCGAGAUAGUUCCCAUGUUCGACGACGUCUCAUGGGAGGCCCGAGACCCCCGGGACGCUACUGGUUUCGCGACUACCUCAUUGGACCUCGCGCCAGAUGCUUUCCAAGCGCUGGUAACCCUACAUCUCGACAUGCCGAUCCAGGCCGUCUCACGCUUUCUGGCCGAUCAGAGUAACAUGUCCACUAGGUUACAAGACCUGCGCGUGCAUGUGCUAGAUAGCGCGAACAAUGCCGCGGUGAAGGAGCUCCUCACAACGAUUGUGUCGUCCUGUACAAACCUCCUCACUCUUGCUUUGGUUCUCUACCCGCCCAUUUUCGUCUACCGCGCUAUUCAUGCUCCACCGCCCGAGCCCUUGGAUGCGGCUACUCUCGAACCACUUCGUCGAAUGACGCAGCUCGAGAGGCUCGUGAUUCACCACAUCGUUGCGACAUCUAUUCAAGAACCCGAGCUGCUCAGUUUCAUCGAAUCCUUUCCCAGCAUGCAUUCACUAUUCCUUGUCCCGCGACCCGAUUGGAGGCGGAACCCUCGUCUCCCAGCCCCUUCAGGGUUUGGACUUGACACGCUGGCAGCCAUACUGCAACGGUUCCCUCGCAUCCGGAAGUUGGGAUUGUACCUCGAUCUCACUCUCGUGACCGCCAAUCCCUCGUCAUCAUUGCUCCAGUCUUCAAGCACCCUUCCUUCGUCUACACUCCAUUCUCUUCACCUGGGUACCACGGCUUUACCUCCGAACAAGACUCCCGCCGCUAUCGCUUUCCGGCUCCUGGCGCUUCUUGGACCGCAAGUCAGAUUCUUCUGGGGCAAUAAGCAAAAGUUGAGAUGGGGCGUUCCUCGACCCGUCUACGCUGAGCCCUCUUUCGAAUCACAACUCGAGCAGUGGGCGCAGGUCGAAAAGCUCUUGGCAUUUGGGUUCUCGGUUCGGAGCGGAGUGUAUUCUACAGACUUGGACAAGCCUGCAUGA